CUCGCAUUUACACCCAUACUGCACUUACGCCCACACUCAUUCCCCCACUUGCCCACUCCCCACUCCCCACUCCCCACUUCCCGCCUCCCACUCCAUUCCGCCGAGGGUGUCUGAGUAUCUACCUCUGCCCACCGCUCAAGCACUCCGCCAUCGCCGACAUCUGAUCCUCAUCCCUUCCAUCGGACCAGCAAACAUCCCAUGCACCAAUGGGCAUACUUUCGCUGCAAUGUGUCACAACAAACGGGACCCGCCUGCUGGGCAUGUCGUACACAUUUCCUUCCAUCGAGCACAGCAACGACAACAACGACAGCGACGGCAACAACGACAUCGUAGCCCUUAUUCAAUCCAACCCCAACCCAACCAGUGUCUCUGACAUUACCUGGUCCCUGGUCGCCGCCUAUCCGCGGCCGAUCAUCGAUCCACAUGACUACGCCCCGAUCGUCUGCAACGUCGACCCAAAGACAAACAUUUUCAGUGCCAUGUCCUACUUCAGCAUCACAGAUCUCACCUACAACGAAACUCAGGCACCACGCCCACCAGGCGGAUUCCAAUACGACCCAAGGUCGAACAGCUGGUCCAACUUCACGCUCAAGGCAGGCUAUCAAUGGGGGGAUUACUCGGCCACAUACGCCCUGUUUCAAUGGCCCGACACAGCAAACCUCUUUCAGGCCAACGUCGGCACCUCAAACGCAGUUCACCUCGGCAUGCUCGGUGUCGAUGACAACGGCACCAAAGAGUUUAUCAAUGUCGUUUCCUGGGGCCUGGAUCCAAACAUAUACGGCUAUCCGAGUAGACUAGUCUUUGGCAAUAAUGCUCUCUACCAAUUCGGCACCCUCGUCGUCAACAACAGGACAGGGGCCCUUAGGAACACGUUGACGAGGAUACCACUAAAUGGGGAUCCAUUCCAAUUCAAACCGCCACCAAAUCUGCCUGUGUACAAUGCGACGAGUAUGAACUACUGCGUUCCGUCCUCUGUCUCCGCACGGUUCUAUAAGGACAUUCUCUAUGUGUUUUGUCAGGGCUUGGAUAACGAUGCUUUCCCAGGACAAGGACUUUUAAUGACGUUCAAGGAUGGGGCAAACAGGGACUCUGCACUCAGCGACUACAUCAUGACGGAUAUUGACCGACUUUCGGGAUCACUUAUUCAGCCGAUCGGUGGAAGCGACGACGGGAAAGUGGAGCCGUUUGCAUUCAUCGCAUCUCUUGAUUACGACACCAUGGGCCUUGCGCUGGGAGCCUCAACCAUUGGCAUCUCCCAGUCCGUCCCGUAUUCUAUCAACAUCACGGAUCCAUACGGAUUUCCACUAGCGGAUCCACCCAAUUACACUCCGGCCAUUAUUGGCGGAUCAGUUGCCGGAGCUUUAGUAUUGCUGUCAGUAGCGCUGUUUUUGUUCAUUCGGAGGCGGUGGCCACGUUACAAGCGGAGGAUUAGGGCAAAGAUUAUAGCCAUGAUGAGCGUAGAAGACGACAACGACGGCCAUGAGGACAUGCGCAAUAUCAACAAGAUCGAGGGUCCUUCUAUGGAUAGCUUUGACCUGGAUGGGCGGGGCAAGAUCCUGGUUACCGAUGACAUGGAGCUGGAUGGUAUCAUGGACACAGGAACAGGGUAUAUGCGUGAGGUGAUGCUCCAACAACACCCUAGACCAGCUAUUGUAACGACCUUGACUGCGGACCCUGAGGAUUUCGAGGCGGAGAGCAUGAAGGAUCCUACGCUCGAGAACAGGUCACUGCCUACACAAACGCUCACUCUAGCGACCUCACAGGUCGCUCCACCAACCACCGCAUUCAUGUCUGGAUCAAAAUCAAUGCCGCCUUUGCUAGGAUUAGCCGUCAUACACAGUCCAUCUGCUCCACAACCAUAUACCCCCGGCGACGGAUCUGAAAUGUCUGCUCCAGUAUCGAGCGCGUCCAUAGACCAAGACCCGCCGUCUCAACGAACAAAAGUAGCAGAGGCGACAAAGGAGGCAGCAGCACAGGCACGGCUCUCCUUGUCCUCAUCAGGGGCUGCCCCGCCAUACCAACAGCACCCAGCUAUACCCUCCAUUGCCGCGCCGUCAUUCCCUACACCUCCUACACCGACAGCGCCAAGGUGGAUCUCUGAGGAGCUACGGGGUUAUAGACCUGGUUCUCUCCAUACGGUCGCAGAGCAGAAUAGUGGGGGCGGGUUGAAUGAUAUGGAUUCUUUAGAUGGGCAUGAUGGGCUCAAAAGAACCAGCACCGAUACCACUGUUCAACAUGUAGCAUAAGCAGCAUGUAUAAUAGAUCAUAUAUAUAAAGAAAAAGGUGUUCGUACA